AUGACUGCAUUUGAUAAAGCGAUCAAUAAAGCACUGCAAUGUCGGGCGAAAAAUAAAACUACAUUUAAGGCUGAUAAACUAUUAACGUAUCGGUUUUGCGACAAUGUUUGGACUUUUGUAAUGGAAGGAGUAGAAUUUCGUGAUGCUACAAGGGCAAUUGACGGUGUAAUUGAUCGUGUUAAGAUUGUGGCUUGUGAUGGAAGGGCAUCUCAACAAUCAAAUGUACAUUGA